GAAAUGUUCGGCCCUGGUUACGCACUUCGAGUUUUGUCACGCAAAGUGAAUCAAUAUCGAGCAGUUAUAUUUGGAAAGUUGAUUCAAAGAGAGUAUAUUAUAGCAACGAAGAAGAUGAAUUUCGAUUAUCCACUAGUCUGUCGCAAUGAGAAAGCAUUUGACGAGUAUCAUGGUCAAAAGAUAGCAGAUCCGUAUAGAUGGCUUGAAGAUCCUGAUAGUAGCGAUACAAAGACCUUUGUAGAAAAUCAAAAUAAAAUUUCAGAACCUUUUAUUCAAGCUUAUCCAUUUAGAAAACAAUUACACGAUACGAUUAAGAAAAUGUGGGAUUAUCCUAAAUAUGGAUGUCCUAGAAAGAGAGGAGAUAAUUAUUACUAUUCUUACAAUACUGGUUUACAGAAUCAGAGUGUUAUCUACUGUCAAAAGACUUUGGAUAGCGAAGCAGAAGUUUUCUUUGAUCCAAAUACUCUAUCAACUGAUGGAACCGUUGCUCUCAGUUCAACGGCAUUCUCGAAAGAUAAUAAGCACUAUGCAUUUGGUUUAAGUGAACAAGGUUCAGACUGGCUAACGAUAAAAGUUAAAGAUGUUGCUACUAGAAUUGAUAAAGAUGAUUUACUUAAAAAUGUGAAAUUUACCAGUCUUUCUUGGACGCACGAUCAUAAAGGGUUUUUUUAUAAUAGAUACCCAAAGUCUGAAGGUAAAGCUGAUGGAACAGAGACUGAUAUGAAUCUUAAUCAUAAGCUGUAUUAUCACUUUGUGGGAGAUGAUCAGUCUCAAGAUGUUCUUGUUGCCGAAUUUCCUGAUAAUCCAAAAUGGAUGAUCGGCGCAGAAGUAACAGACGACGGACGUUACGUUGUUCUUUCGAUUGCGGAAGGAUGCGAACACGUUAAUCGACUUUAUUUCGUUGAUUUAAAAGAUCUCGGUGACAAGUCGAUUAAAGAGUUUGGCAAAGUCUUGCCAUAUACUAUAAUUGUUGAUAAUUUUGAUGCUGAAUGGGAAUAUAUCACAAAUAAUGGGACCAUGUUUGUUUUUAGAACAAAUAAGGAUUCUCCAAGAUCUAAAUUAGUCACUAUUGAUAUUUCUAAAGGCAUAUCGUCUUUAAAAGAUCUCGUUCCUCAACACGAAAAAGAUGUUCUAGAGUGGAGUGCAUGUGUAAGAGAUGAUUUGUUAAUUCUUUGCUAUAUCCGUGACGUUAAAAACGUGUUGGAAGUAAGGGAUGUAAAGACCGGUAAACUACUUAAAGAUUUACCAUUACCAAUUGGGUCCAUAACAUCAUUCGAAGGAAGAAAAGAGCAGAGUCAUAUGUUCUAUGGAUUUACUUCUUUUCUGGAACCAGGUAUUAUUUAUCAAGUUGAUUUUACGAAGCCCCAAAGCGAAUGGAUUCCAACAAGAUGGAAACAAAUCGUAGUUCCUAAUUUAAAAUCUGACGAGUUCGAAACAGAACAAGUAUUUUACGAAUCUAAAGAUAAGGCGAAAAUUCCCAUGUUCAUCGUCAAGCAUAAGAACGUGAAAAAAGAUGGAAAAGCCCCGGCUCUAGUUUACGUUUACGGUGGUUUUAACAUAUCGAUCAUGCCGAGUUUUAGCGUGUCCAGAAUUGUUUGGAUGUUGAAAUGCGGUGGUAUUUUAGCUGUGGCAAAUAUUCGUGGUGGAGGCGAAUACGGCGAAGACUGGCAUCAUUUAGGAACGAAAGAAAAGAAAUUUAACUGUUUCGACGAUACGGCCUAUGCUACGAAGUAUCUUUCAAAUAAUGGUUAUAGUUCUAGUGAUAGAAUUGCAAUUCAAGGAGGAUCGAACGGUGGUUUAGUCGUAUGCGCCACAGCAAAUAGAUAUCCUAGCGAUUUCGCGGCUGUUAUCUCUCAAGUUGGAGUUUUAGAUAUGCUCAAAUUUCAUAAAUUCACCAUUGGUCACGCCUGGACAACUGAUUAUGGUUGCGCGGAUAUUGAGGAAGAUUUCAAGUAUAUAAAAGAAUUUUCACCACUUCACUCAAUUCCGUCCACUACUGCCUGUAGUAGAUAUCCAUCAACUCUAAUCUUAACUGCUGACCAUGACGACAGAGUUGUACCACUUCACAGUUUAAAAUUCACAGCUGAACUUCAACAUGUUCAAGGUGGUAAUUCGAAGAAAAACAAUAAACCACUAAUAGCUUUAAUCGAUACCAAAGCUGGCCACGGAGGUGGUAAGCCAACUGGAAAAAUCAUUGAAGAAUUGGUUAACGUCUAUUCUUUCCUAUCGUUGGUUCUACAAGGAGUCGAAUGGAAAGAUUAA